AUGGCUGGGACGGCCGCCGCUGUUUCCUCCACAGAUGCUUUAUCUCCCUCCACCAGCAGUAGCACAGCAUGGGAGUUCGCUGUGCCCUUGGGACCAGAGAUCGCCGAUACCAUUUCGCCCAAGCGCACUUCCAAUGAAUCCAACUCAACCCAUAACAAAUCCAGCUAUCGGCACCGGACGCCAAAUGGCAAACCUCGUUCCCGUACCUCCUCGCAGCCCGGCUCGCGCCGAGGAAGCAACACACACGACGCCUACGGACGCGAUACAGGGCCAUUCCCUAAUAUAGACCUGGGGGAUUCUCACAAUAGCGGUCAGUUCCGGAGGGGCGACUACGGCAGUAAAACGUCUCUCGAGUCCGAAAGUAUCAAGGGCGAUGACAAUUGGAUCCAUCGAGACAAAUUAGCACGCAUAGAGAGCGAGGAACUGCAACAAGCUGCUAUGCGUAUUCAGCGCCAAGUUCGCACUGGCAGCAAAUCGAGCAGUUUGCGUGGUCGUAGCCACGAUUCGCACAGCCUAAAUGGAAACGUUACUACACCUCCCGAGCAGACAGAACAGUCCUGGCCCGCUUCUCAGAGGUACCAAAUAGAAUCGCCAAUUCCAUUCGAGUCCUCCGAUGAACAGGAGGUCGAAACCGAAAGAAUGAACUGGGAUUUGCGUCGGCCAGAAGAAAUCGCUGCGUCCUCCUACGAAGAAAGCGAAGACACCUCGCGAUUUUAUAAAAGCCCUGGCUUGAAAAAGAGUUCUUCACGGAUCCCAGUACUCGCGAGCAGCCCCAUUACGGUCUCCCCGGAUCAAACUGAACAUGAGUCUUCCACCUUGCAACGCAGCCGCACUCGGACCGUAGGCAGUGGAGAUGAAGAUGGCGUGCCCUAUUCUCAGAGUCCCAAGCCCGGUGAAUCCCCAGUAGUUGACUCUCCUGAAGCCUCCCCCGGACCUGCUGAAAGUUCCACACCCCCGCAGACCACCAGCCGACCUGGUAGUCGAGCCGGUGUACUUUUGCAGACACAAGGGUCUCCGACGAAGAAGGCACCUGCGAAGGCUACACCUACCGCGCGAAAAUCGUCUGUUCCUCCCAACAGUCGGAAACCAUCAGGGCCCGUGAAACAGCGUGCCACCUCUGCAAGCAGCAUGAAUAAAGACCGACCGGUGACUCGAUCUGGAGAGAACCGGCCACCGACAUCUAUGAACCGGCCUGAGGGCGACCCGCCAUGGUUAGCUACCAUGUACAAACCCGACCCACGAUUACCGCCAGACCAGCAGCUCUUGCCGACGCAUGCGAAGAGAAUGCAGCAAGAGCAAUGGGAGAAAGAGGGCAAGACUCCAACGGCGUAUGACCGUGAAUUCGCGCCAUUGGCUGUUCGACCUGACGACGAGCUGGUGCCGGUACCUUCGGAAACAGAAAAGAAAGAUACAUCUGAUACGCGGAAUACAGACUUUCUUCCAUCAGGGUCGCCAUCCACAUGGCCGCUUCAACCCCCGAAGAGUCCCGAACCAGUACGUCCUGGGACAAGCGGAACAAAUUACAGUACCAUGCCAAAAGUACAGACUACGCCGCCAAUUGUGCUACCAUCACCACAGAGACUGCAGGCAAGCAUACCACCUCCGCCCGAGGAACCCGAGAAAGUGGAAAAGGGUUGCGGAUGUUGCAUUGUCAUGUGA